AUGAUUCUGCUUCAUCCACAGCUGGUCUUUGCAGGUGGGAUAAACAGCAAAGCUAACACUUCUUCUCCUCUCGUGGAUUCCCACAACCAAACACAGAGGACAGAAUUUAUCUUCCUGGCAUUCUCCAGACUUCAGGGGCACCAGGUCCAACUUUUCUUGGUGUUCCUGGCUGCUUAUUUGGCCACGCUGAUGGGCAACCUCAUGUUCAUAACCCUGGUUCUCCUGGAUUCCCGUCUCCACACCCCCAUGUACUUCUUCCUCAGCCAGCUCUCCUGCUUGGACAUCUGCCUUUCUUCUGUGGUGGUACCAAAGAUCUUGGUGAACUUCCUACGCCAGCAGCACACCAUCUCCUACAACCAGUGCCUGGCACAAGCCUUCUUCCUGAUUGGCUUUGCGGGAUGUGAGCCAACUCUGCUGGCCGUCAUGGCCUAUGACCGCUAUGCCGCCAUCUGCCAACCUUUGUACUAUGCCCACCUGAUGAGGGGCAAGUUGUGUGUCCAGCUAUCUGUGGCCAUCUGGCUCUGGGGCUUCCUGGACUCAGCCAUCCACAUUGCUCUGGCCUCCAGGUUAGAGUUUUGUGGAAACAACAAUGUUCCUCACAUCUUUUGUGAUGUUCCCCCAUUACUGAAAAUCACCUGCACUGAUACCUGGGCCAACGAAUUGGCCAAUCACAUCACCAGCCUCUUUGUAGGCCUCGGUCCCUUCCUCUUCAUCAUCCUGUCCUAUUUUUUAAUUUUGGUCUCUAUUUUGAAGAUUCGUUCUAACACGGGCAGGCACAAAGCCUUCUCCACUUGUGCAUCACACCUUGCUGUUGUUUUGGUCUCUCUUGGAAACGCCUUUGUGAACUACAACCAGCCCAGUGCUGGCUACUCUCUAAAGGUGGACACCUUGAUCUCCACAUCAUUUUGCAUCGUCACCCCCAUGCUGAACCCCUUGAUCUACAGCCUCCGCAACAAGGAGGUGAAGGGGGCCCUGAGGAAGGUUCUCAGCUCCUGGAAGAUUGCAUAG